AGUAAGCAACAUUGUCUGGCCCAUGUCCUGAGGAACAAGAGUUAGCGAUCUAUCUUGAUCAGUGAUGGUAUUUACAUGUUUUGGGUUGGGAGUAGCUCUACUCGACAUGGCCUGUCUGCUGUUUCGAAGGUCGCAGCCACUGCCAGCCAGUUGAAGAAGCGAAACAUCUUGUCUUGUUGUGAAGAGGAUAAGGGUAAAAAAUGAUGUGUUACUGGGAUUGGUAUGAAAGGUUGAUAUGAUGAUUAUUAUUAUGAUGGGGCGACUGGGUUUGAUGAGCAGUGAGAAUAAGAUGGGGCAGAAGCCGCCGUUCUGUGUCCGUGGGAUUUGGUUCUGCUAUUGCAGUGGCACUUGCAUUGGCCUAUGCUGCCAAUAUCAAUCGAUAGGAAGUACUAGUAAUGACUAAAUGUGCUCGCUCCUUGGUGACAGGACGAUUCAUUCAAUUGAAUGAUGAUGUAAGGGACUAAGGAAAACUAGGUAGAGGUAGAGGUUUCUUUGCUCAUAUAUAUAUAUAUAUAUAGGGACUCUUCUCCUCUGCUCUCCACCCUCUCCGACCAUGCGGACUCUCCUCAGCUCAACCGCCUCCGGCAACCUCGCCUCCCCCUCCCCUUGGUCUUUGCCUCCUCAUGGCCAAUCCCAAUCCCAAUCAGCUGCUGCAGUUGGGGUGGCCCAAGGCCAACCACAGGAGCAGCAGGAGGCUGUCUCCGUGGACUCCGACACGGUGGUCAUCCUCGCCUCCCUUCUCUGCGCCCUCAUCUGUGUGGCCGGCCUCGCCCUCGUGGCGCGAUGCGCCUGGCGCCGCCACCCACGCAGCAGCGCUGGUAGCAGUAACUCGAGGAGCUCCCGAUGGACGACGGCAGCGCCCAAAGGGUUGAGCAAGAAGGCCAUCGAGGCGCUCCCCACCGUCUGGUUCGGCGGCAGGCAACCUCAAGAGCAAGGAAGAAGAGAUGAAGAAGGGUUGGGCGGUGAGUGCGCCAUAUGCCUGGCCGAGUUCGCGGAGGGGGAGCAGCUCCGGGUGCUACCGCACUGCGCCCACGGCUUCCACGUGGCCUGCAUCGACACCUGGCUGGGCGCCCACGCCAGCUGCCCCUCCUGCCGCGCCACCACCAUCAUCGCCUGCUCAUCGACGAGGCGGUGCCGGAGGUGCGGGGCGAGCUGCGAGCUGGACGUGGACGACCAUGCUUCUCCUGCUGCUGCGUCCGCUUCUUCUUCUACUACUGCUUCUGGGGACGACUGACUUUCCAGUAAUUAGCAGCGUCCUUUCAUUUGCAGUUUCAUUCUGGGGAUCCAAGGUAGCUUAAUUAUUAUGUCGGAAAUUGUCUUCCACGCACGCACAUGAAAAUUCCAUUCCGAUUGACAGACAGAUGAUGGAGUUGUGAUCGCUGCGCAAAUUGAAAAAGGACUACUGAUAUGUAUAUACAUGUCCAACUCUCGCUUCUUUGCUUUGCUUUUGCUUUGGUUUGCUUUGCCCAUGCAUGUAUACAUGUUACUUAGGAGUAGCUUCUUCACACCCGUGAGUUGUAUAUAUGCUUGUAUGUUACCACGACUACAUAGUACAUGUAUCAUC